AUGGGCUCACUGCUGGUGCCCUGAGGGGCCCUGCGCCAAGUGGCAGUGACCCCGGGCACCCAUGGCAAUGAGAUGGCUGGGGUCUACCUGACCCAGCUGCUUCUGGCCCCAGGGGAGCUGCAGAAACCUAGCUUCGCCUCCAUGCCUGUGCCAGCCAAGCCAGGGGUCACAGCCACCUGGCUCCAAGUGGCCCUGGCUCCCCAGAGGACGGCAGAGAAGGGUGGGGGAAGGGGGCAGAGGGGAUGGUCCUCCUGCACCAUCGACCGGGAAGAGGAAAGUUACAGCGCACACUCAGUAGCUAAGAACCGCGGGAGAACCCCGGAGCUGGGCGCUCGCCUAGCUGGGGCCAACUUUUUCACCAGGAUGAAGGCACUUGUAGCUGAAGCUCUGGGCUUCAUCGAGCUGUUCAACCAGGGGUCGGGCUCCCAGCAUGGCUUUCCAGCCUUUGCGAUGGAAGCGCGUAGAACCGUGAGCCCCAUGGAAUUCCCACGCACCGAGUCACAGGCCUGGUGCACACAUCUUUAUAAAGGGGAGUCCGCCGUGUACCCCGUAUUCAUCAGCGAGGCUGCCUAGCACAAGAAAGGCAUUGCCUUCAUCCAGACGGAGACGCUCACGUUCUCCACGCCUCCCCUGCCCGCCCUGGCAUCCAGCCCCAACCUGGGUCCCUAA